CCCGUGGUGGGUCCCGUUCGCUGGCAGACCCACUUUCUCCCGCCUUCACCUUUCCCUACGUACUGAGAGAGUGCCUCCUCAUCGCCGUUCGCCUUUCUCGCCCUGCAGUGAGCUGAGCUGUGCCUCCAGCUCUUCUCCAACCCCCCCGCCACCCGAUUAUUCUUCUCAUGGACCAUAUUGUCGCCCGACGUUGCUCAUAGGGGUUUCUUUGCUUUCGCCCUGUUUGUUCUUUGCUUUUCAUUCCACUUACUCCUUGCUUGGUAGACCCGCUCCCGCCCAAUCCACCGUUGUUGCCGCUCGCCAACUUCCUUCACCGCCGUUAGUUCCACCAGUCUCGUUAGACGUUCGAAAGUACGGUACGCUAUGAAUAUUCAGCAGCCGGUUGUAACAUCGUCCGGGCCGCACAAUGGUCCUGGCGCAUUCCCUGCGCCCUCAGGGGGUCCGCUGGGGUUUGAUCAGUACUCUGGGCCGCUUCAGUCUAUCGAUCAGUCGGCCCCUUACCCGGGCCAAGGCUAUGGAGGAGCUCCACCGGGGGUGGUGGCCAACGUGAAUAUUCAGCCUCCGGUUGAGCACAUGGCCGGCCCAGCGGCUUACCCGAGUCUCCAGUCGCAACAGGUGAGCGCGGCAGAGGCUCCCCGUCCUGCCGCUAUCGCCGCCGCCGCCCUGAAUCCUCUCGUGACGACCCCCCAGGACCUGAAAUCGGUCAAGACAAGUACCCAGUUCGCGCUGCGGGAGUAUCUGGCCCUUCAGAGAAAGAGGGGUCGUCUUGAUGGCGCCACGUCGUUGGAGUUGGAAGACCAGAUCAGAAACCAGGGCCGCAUUCUGCUCGGCGACCUCAAGUUCCUGAGAAAAAAAGUCGGGGUCCUGAUCAAGGAGGGCGAGAACCACCGCUGGAGGAACUGGCUGAUUGGCGGAGCCGUGGCGACUUUCAUCCCAGCUGUGAAGAGAAUCUUCCGCCGGCCUUCUGACAGGUCACAAGACCAGGUGCAGGCCUCCAACAACACCGAGUACGCCUUUUGGCGCAGCAAGGCACUGGUCGCUCGCAUCAAGGACAGCCUCCUCGGCCGGAACAGCUUCGCCAGCAUUGCCUUCUUCGUCUUCGCCGUCUUGUAUGUUUUCACCAACGAGGUCUCCCUCCAGGUGGCCAAGACAGUCUCGAAACGCUUGAAGCGACUCAGUGCCAAGAUUGAGCGGGGCGACGCCGAUAUCGUCGAGCAGGACAUGAAGCUGCUGGAGGGAUGGCGAUGGCGUGUGCUUAUGUGGGGUCAAUGAUUCGAAAAGGUUUCCAUGGCCAACGUGACGAGUAUAUAUGAUGAGCAUGAGCAAACAGCGGCAUUGCAUGAUAACAGCGUGUGGAUUUCGAUUCUUGAUGGGACCCGACUUGAGUCGGGUCAUACAACAGAUUUGUCGGCAAUAUACUAUCUUAGAUAAAGCCUCAUUUACAUAUCUGGCUAAGCAAAGGAGAGUCGAGGGACUCUCUCAUAUGCCUACCAUCCCAUCGUAAGGAUAGGCUCUGCAGGGUCUGGAUUACCUCGAUUCACGAUGAUACAACCAGUAGGACUAUAUGCAACUAUCAGGAGUGUUUAUGCGACAAAGCAGUAGAAUGCACGUAUUCGUUCUACGACGGGUCAUCUUGAUUUCAAUUCUUGCUGCCAACAACA